CCUGUUGGCCUCAUUGGCAUGAAUGUCAAGCUCAUGUGCCAGGACAUCGAGUUUGUCGCAGACCGUUUGUUGGUGUCGCUAGGCAAUGAUAAGGCUGGCAAUGCCACAAAUUCAUUCGACUUCAUGGACAUGAUCUCGCUACAGGGGAAGACCAACUUCCUCGAUUACUCGAAGGCGAAC